AUGGAGAUAAAGAAUUAUCGGCCGAUAUCUCUGUUGAACGCCGACUACAAAAUCUAUACAUCCAUUCUGGCACAGCGCCUGAGACAAGUGUUGCAGCAUUUGAUUCACCCAGAUCAGUCAGGGUUUCUGCCCAAAAGGCAACUGAGACAUAAUGUCAGGAUGAUCUUAGAUGUUCUAGAAUAUGGGGAAUUAAACCCAGAUAAGCAGUUGGCUGUAGUCUUCCUUGAUGCCGAGAAGGCUUUUGAUAACAUCAGCUGGGAUUAUAUGGUGGCCGUGUGUUUCACCAAGGCAGAGCGGGUGCUCCUGGAUCUGGGCCAAAGAGCUCUCGACACGGAACUCAUGAUGGAGGGCUACGGGAGCGUGGCCUCUCUGGGGGACGAUCGUGGAAAUGAGGAGGACGAGGAACUGCAUCAUCUGUUGCCAGAUGAAGACAAGACUGAAGACCUGAGUGGAAACUUCGGGACUCAAGGCGGACCCAAGGGGCAGAAUGGAAGCCACCUAGUGGAGAAGAGGGAUCAACCCACUCCUUUCCAAGGGGGGGACUUCUGUGAAGCAGUUCACAUGGUGGAGGAAAUGUACACGUGCUUGGGGUGCGGAAUGAUCUUCUCAGAUGAAGCCCAAUAUAAUGUCCAUCUUCAGCUGCAGUGUGGAAAGAAGACCCAUCAGUUCCUGGAUUAUGGAAAGAGCUUCCUUUGCGGAGCAGAGCUCCUUAAACAUCAACAGACACAUGGAGGAGAAAAGCUUCAUAAUUUCUCAGACUGUGGCGAGAGUUCCUCAGAGAAAUCAGAGCUUAUUAAACAUGAAAGCAUUAAUUCAGGGGAGAAGCCACUUCUCUGUUCAGAGACUGGAAUGACAGACUCUGAUGAAAGACAUGGAAAUCUACAUUCCCCAAGGCACAUUAUAAUGAAGGCAUGUAAAUGCUUUCGAUGUGGAAGAGCUAGCGAAGAUUUCAGUGUCUCCACCACGUCAAGAGAUGGGUUCUCCUUGUACAAGAACCCACUCGCCACCCCCAGCUCCUAG